AGGGUCAUUCGGCUGGAGGGACGAGGGCGCCACGGUAGAAAUGUAGAUGACCGUGGUCACCACCAGUGGGGACCCGACGGCAUUCCCGACGGCCGUGCUCUGCGGGAUACAGCCCAGCACUCCGAUGGCCACCAGAAACAAGUCGCUCAGAAUCCGCCCGGUGAGGAAGAUGGUCGCCCGGCCGAACUUGGUCAUGAGCCAAGAUGCAGAGGAGGCCAAAGGUGAGGUACUGCGAGUUGAGCACGAGGUUCAGGUCGAAGGCGCCCUGCUCCGACAGCCCGGCCUGCUCCAGGAACUGCACGGUCUGCACAUUGAUGCCAUUGCCGCCCCAUGUCUGGGCCAUUUGGACAAUACAAAUCUGGCCCGGUCAGCAUGUGCGUGAACCCCGACAGCACGAGCGUCGUACUCACAAUUUCGGUGCGCCACACGUUUUUGCCGCGGAAACAUUCCAGGGAGCUGCUGGACUCCUGGACCUGGGCCUCCAUCUGGUUGGUGUAGUCGAUGCGGGCAAUGGCCUGCUCGAUCUCCUCAUCGGUGGUAUCCUCAUGCCGCACGCGACGCAGCGUGGUGCGAGCCUCGUCUCAGCGGCCCUUGCGCACAAGGAAAUAGGGAGACUCGGGGGCGAGGAUAAAGCAGAUCAGGAGAGGCACGGGCCAAACGAAUUGCACCAGAAAGGGAACCCGCCACGCUGUCCGGGCACGCACGUCAGUCCCGGCGUCUGCACUGCAACGAGGAUAUUUCCAAUGCACCCGGCCUGAAAGGCCCCCCACGGGAUCCCUAGGGUCAUCACUCAUCAGCACCCGUGCGAAUGGGGAUUCCUCCGGGUCCAGCGCAGACCGCACAAGAGCAUGGCCGCCACCAUCAUGCCCAGGUUCUGCACGAAGGCCAACAAAAAGAGACUCCCCGUGAGGAAGACCAUCAUGACACAGAGGAUGGGCUUCCAGCCACAGCGAUCGGCCAGCGCCCCGGCCACCGCCAGCCCGAUGAGCUCGCCCACGGCCAUCGCCUGUUGGAUGCCGGUUUUGCCACU